AUGGGGCGCUACAGCUACAGUCAACCUUCAAGCAGCUCUGUUAGGUUGAUUAGCCCUGACGAAGCAGAUGUGAGCUCCACCAGUCGACACUAUGGAAUUCCUAAUUUAUGCUAUUGUGGGUUGCCGACGAUGAUGAAAACAAUGGACAGCACAGAUGAGUAUCCGGGUAGAAUGUUCUUUGGAUGCAAAGAUUAUAAGGUCAAUCGAAAGGUGGGUUGUGACCUGCAUCUAGUAAAGUGGUGGGACGAGGCUAUGAUGGAGGAAUUCGUUCUCCUGCGACGUGCUACUGACAACCAAGGAGAUUGCGUUCGUGUCCUGAGAGUUGCUGAUCGGAUUGAGGCAGAGCUAGGUGAACUGAAACGCCUAGCUCUUACGGAGAACAAGCGUCACAGGGGAGCGGAUCCCGUUGGAUCUAGAAAUGUAAAACCUAACGAUGGAGCUAGAGGACGUGGAUAUGAUCCCUUCGCGCCAUUGGACAAGGGGACGAAGAAAGCCGUCAUAGAGUACUGCAAGAAGCUUCCUGGUUCAGGAAAGAGGAAGACCAAAAAACGCCAAGGAGUAUCCCAUAAGAUUUUGGUGCACAUAAACGCCGCAAUUUAUUUACUGAGGGCACGCUUGAUGGAUCACCCAGAGUGGUUCAGAAGUGAUCGUAUCUGCUUUGUGGACACAUACUUUGGGCACUACUGGAGUGCAAAGUACGAGGAGUUCAAGCUGGUAGAGGCUAACGAGAAGGGCGAAGGGAAGCCCCUACCAAAUCUAUCGUGGGAUUACUAUAAAGGUGCACAACCAGAGCCUCGGCCAACAAACAAGAUUUGGGGGGUCGACAUUGACGAACUUUACGUCCCUUUCAACGUGAAAACUGACCAUUGGGUAGCUCUGCUCAUUUCCUUGCCGAAGAGGCAUAUCACUGUGUACGAUAGUCUACCCCAUCACGUGAAGCCGGAAGAGUUACCUGCACUCUUAGAACCAUUGGCGGUGAUGUUUCCCUAUUUGAUGAGGACAUGCGUUGACGAGGACAUGAAGUACUUGUGGACUCUGGAACCGUUUACUUAUGACCGGCCAAUCGGCCAAGAGAUCGUGCCACAACAGAGCAACGACAAUGACUGCGGAGUGUUCACGCUGAAGUACAUUGAAUGCCACGCCCUUGGUAUGGAGUUCCCGCAGACGCUGUGCCACGCGAACAUACCUGACAUUAGAUUGAAAAUUCGCUGGUGA